ACACAUACCGUACAUUAAUACAGUUAUACCAUAAAACCAUGUUUUAUUUUCUUUGUAAAUCAGUCGUUUAAUGGCACUGACUGCAUCCAAGAAAAUGGACACUUUUUCGUGUGCUGAUAUCAGUGUAGUGUUUAAUUUUAUGUCAAAACAUUAAGCCACUUUUAAUUUUAAGAAUGAUGUCGAACGGACGUGAGCAUAAGUACAUUUAUAAUAUGUUUUAUAGUGAAAGACUAAAGCUUUGCAGACUUCUUGACGAAAAUGAAAAAUGGAAAGAGCUCGCAGGGCAUAUGCAAUUUGAUGUUUGUACUGUGCAGGACAUUGAACGCAAGACGAGAUGCGGUGGAUCUCCUUCCGAUGAAUUAUUGACUUUAUGGGGUCGUCACAAUCACACAAUUCUUGAAUUAUUUAUUUUAUUGUCAAGAAUGAAUCACUUUAAAGCGAUGGAAGAAAUUAAACAAUCUGUUGAUCCAAGAUAUCAUCAGCUGAUAAAGAGUUACGAAGAACAUUUAUGCACAAAUUUUGCUCAGCUUGGACCUAGACAGAUUAAUGGUAAUGCACGCAAUUCAGAAGUUAGUGAUUCUGAUAAUGUUGCAGUCAUCACCAAAUCUUCAAAAAUACUCAAUGUGCUUAAGCCUAAGCAACCUAAUAUAGUUGUACAAAUAGAAAGUAUUAAUAAUAAUAAUAAUGCACAAACUAGUGAUGAAAAUAAUGAAAAUGUUUUGACACCACCUACGAACAGGUCUCAUCAAAUGCCGUUCCAAAGGCGUUUGUCUCCACAACCACAGGCAAAAUUUUUAGUUUCCGGAGUAUCCGAUAUUUCGAGUAUUAACGAGUCUGCUAGUGCAAUUCCUAGAAUAUCCUAUGAUGAGCUUCAAGCUGCUACCGAUAACUGGAAUGAAUCUAAUGUACUUGGCAGAGGCGGAUUUGGAAAAGUUUUUAAAGGUUUAUGGAAAAAUACUGCUGUUGCUAUAAAACGUCUGGAGCCACCAAGAGGUAUGACGUCUGCUGAAAGUUAUAAUACUCAAAUGGAGCAAUCAAUGAGAGAAUUAAGAUAUUUAAAUGGUUGUCGACAUGAUAACAUUUUGUCACUUUAUGGAUACAGCAUGGAUGAAGGACGAGAACCCUGCCUCGUGUAUCAAUAUAUGUCUGGAGGUUCAUUAGAACGCAAUUUUCAAAGAGCGCGCCAUAAUUUGCAACCUUCUUUACUUUGGCAACAAAGAAAAAAUAUUGCUCGUGGUACAGCGAGAGGAUUGCAAUUUUUGCAUACUUACAAUCGAGAGAAACCUUUAAUUCAUGGAGAUAUUAAAUCAGCAAACAUUCUACUUGAUCAAUGCAAUGAACCGAGGAUUGGAGAUUUUGGUCUGGCAAGGGAAGGACCGCAUACAGAUUACAUGAAGGUUACAAGAAUCCAAGGUACCAGACCAUAUCUUCCAGACGAAUUUUUGCGCGGAAGAAAAUUAUCGACAAAGGUAGAUACAUAUAGUUUUGGCGUUGUAUUAUUUGAAAUCGCAACUGGUUUAUCAGUAUAUGACGACAAACGAAAAUACAAAUUUCUUAAAGAUCACGUAACAGCAUAUUGUGAAGAAGGGCAGCUAGAUGCUCUCCAAGAUCUUAGAUCUGAAGAUUCAUCUUCACAUGAAGCAAAAAAUAUUUUUGCUGAACUUAUUAAAUUGGGACUAAUAUGUGUGAAUAGAAUUCCAAAUCAACGACCCGAAAUGGUGAAAGUGUUGGAAUUGCUGGAAUAGUGAUAAUAGUGGUAAUACUUA